GGGAGGUAAGAUACUAAAAUGAGGGAGAGCAAGAAGCCAUGACAAGCCAUGCUCUCCAUCUAUUCGACGGUUUCAACCACAACAUUCUCAGGUAUCUCAACUCAACCACAACUUCUCUCUCACAAGCACGACAAGCUCAUGCCCAGAUUCUCAAGACCGGCUUGUCCAACGAAAACCAUCACACCACUAAGCUUCUCUCACUAUACGCCAACCACCAACAUUUCGACGACGCCAAUCUCAUCCUCGAUUCAAUCCCUGAACCCGAUGUUCUCUCUUUCUCCCCUCUCAUUGUCGCUUAUUCAAAAUUCAAUCUUUUUAAUGACUCCCUUUGUUUAUUUUCGCGAAUGCUCUCCCAAGGCCUCGUGCCUGAUCAUCACGUUCUUCCCACUACUGUCAAGGCUUGCGCUGGACUGUCGGCCCUCAAAGUCGGGCAACAAGUCCAUGGCUUUGCUUCAACAUCUGGGCUUGGUUUAGAUUCGUUUGUUCAAUCCUCUUUGGUUCAUAUGUAUGUUAAAUGCAACCAACUAGAUGAUGCCCAUAAACUGUUAGAUACAAUGCCAGAACCAAAUUUGGUUUCUUGGAGUGCUUUGAUUGCGGGUUAUGCUCGACAAGGGCAGGUAAUUAAGGCAAAGGAGGUGUUUGAUGAGAUGAGGAAAUUAGGACUCCAACCUAAUUUAGUGUCAUGGAGUGGCAUGAUUUCGGGAUUUAACCAGAGUGGACAUCAUUUGGAGGCUGUUUUGAUGCUCAAGCAAAUGCAUUUGCUAGGUUUUAAGCCUGAUGGGACUAGUAUUUCUAGUGUUCUUCCUGCAAUUGGGGACUCUGAGGUCUUCGAAAUGGGUAUUCAAAUUCAUGGGUAUGUUAUCAAACAGGGUUUUGGAUUGGAUAACUGCGUUGUCAGUGCACUCGUAGAUAUGUAUGGCAAGUUUGCUUGCACAUCAGAGAUGUCACAAGUGUUUGAUGAAGUGGAGCAGAAGGAUUUAGGUGCUUGCAAUGCCUUGGUUGCUGGGAUGUCACGAAAUGUUCUCCCUGAUGAAGCGUUGAGGAUAUUCAAGCAGUUCCAAGGUCAAGGGAUGGAGUUGAAUGUUGUGUCUUGGACUUCAAUGAUUGCUUGUUGUUCGCAACAUGGUAAAGAUAUCGAGGCUUUGGAGCUUUUCCGAGAGAUGCAGAUGGUUGGAGUGAAGCCGAAUUCUGUUACCAUACCUUGCUUGCUUCCAGCUUGUGGCAAUAUUGCGGCAUUGAUGCAUGGGAAGGCAGCCCACUGCUUCUCUCUCAGAAGGGAGAUAUCUAAUGAUGUUUAUGUAGGUAGUGCACUAAUUGAUAUGUAUGGCAACUGUGGAAGGAUCCAAGCAGCUCGUUUUUGUUUUGAUGCAAUGCCUACUCGUAAUUUAGUUUGUUGGAAUGCAAUGAUGGGUGGAUAUGCAACACAAGGAAAGGCUAGGGACGCUAUUGAGAUCUUUCAUUUGAUGCUGAUGAGUGGGCAGAGGCCCGACUUUGUAAGUUUCACUAGCCUAUUAUCUGCAUGUAGCCAAAGCGGUCUCACAGAAGAAGGGAAGAAUUACUUUAAUAGCAUGUCCAGAGAGCAUGGAAUUGAAGCUAGAGUGGAGCAUUAUGCUUGUAUGGUGACCCUUCUUGGUCGUGCUGGAAAGCUUGAAGAGGCUUAUUCUAUGAUCAAGGAUAUGCCUUUCGAGCCAGAUGGUUGCGUUUGGGGAGCCUUACUUAGUGCUUGUAGAGUUCACCAUAAUAUGAGUUUGGGUGAGGUUGCUGCUUAUAAACUAUUUGAAUUAGAACCAAGAAAUCCUGGGAACUAUAUUCUUCUGUCCAAUAUAUAUGCCUCUAAAGGCAAAUGGGAUGAAGUAGACAAAGUAAGGGAUCUGAUGAAGUGUAUGGGGUUGAAGAAGAACCCUGGAUGCAGUUGGAUUGAGGUCAAGAACAAGGUCCACAUGCUUUUAGCAGGAGAUAAAUCACAUCCGCAAAUGGCCCAAGUUAUUGAAAAGUUGGAUGAAUUGAGCAUGGAAAUGAAGAAAUCAGGUUAUGUUCCAGUUACUGAUUUUGUGCUGCAAGAUGUGGAAGAGCAGGACAAGGAGCAUAUUUUGUGUGGGCAUAGUGAGAAGUUGGCAGUAGUUUUAGGGCUUCUGAAUACCCCCUCUGGAUCUUCGCUCCGAGUUCUGAAGAACCUUAGGAUUUGCGGGGACUGCCAUGCCGUUAUUAAAUUUAUAUCCAGAAGUGAAGGGAGAGAAAUUUUGGUCAGAGACACAAAUAGGUUUCAUCACUUCAGAGAUGGGGUGUGUUCAUGUGGUGAUUAUUGGUGAUUGAAUGUGUUGUACUGAGAAAGGAUACUAGUGUGCAGAUUAAGGAAAUUGGAUAUCUGAUUGAGCAUUGCAGCACACAGGAUGGAUAUCCAGAGAAAUUCAUUUCUGGCGAACUUUGAAGCGAGAACUCAACUCUCCCCUCAGAUGAAAGGGAAAGAUCUUUCAUUGGUUCCUCACAGGAAUGCUCGUGCGCUGUAGCCACUGUUGCAAAUUGCAGCGUUCCUGAUUCUGUGCCACGUCUUUCUAGCAUCAAUGCCAGAUGGGGUAUUUUUAAUGACAAAUUGAACAGUUGGAGUUGUUCUUAUGUUUCUGACAACCAGGGUUGAUACUGGGGUUGGGAAAUUCUAGUGGCAACGGCUGGAUUGGCUGCAUGAAAAUGGGUAUCGAUUUUCAUUUUCUUCACUCAAGGUAGGCUAAAAAUGGGUGAGACCGACCACUGGCUCUUCCUUCGUCCUAAGAAGUACAAGCAAAGCAUUAGAGUAAGAUUUUCUCCGAUAUGCUAUUUCCUUGUUUCUUUCAAUUGUAAAUCAUCUAUUCAUUGAAUUCGUGUAAGGAUUACUAUUUAUAAGUGGACCCUUCGUUUAUACACGAUUAUUGCUUACACUGAG